AUGUCUUAUUACGACAUCGACGCUAUCCUGACUGACGCAGAGAAAGUUCCCUGCAAAUUCGAACUCGAUGUCGCCGACCUCGGAUACCUCGACAACAACCCCUCCCAUGCUCUUAAGGCAGGAACGCAGAUUGCACUGCCGCUCUGGCUCGCUGAGAUGCUCGCUCUCGCCAAUACGGGUACCGCCGAAGAGUCGAAAGCACCGGUAACGCUGAACUUGCCUGCCGCGCUAUCAUAUCAGGUUGUCCAGGCCCUGAAAGCCGAUGCGCGAGCUGUUCCGGUCAGGGACCAGAGCGCCCACUUCUACGGCCUCGGCACGCGCAUCUUGGAUCUGUUCGACGAGCGAGAGCUCAGCGACGUGAUGCGAAAGACCUUUGUGAUGCGAGCAACAGAAAUCGCGUUGCAUGCAAGGAAAGGCGCCGAUGACGGCAUCGGCGCUUCCAACGAGGAUUUUCUCCGUGGCCUGGACGAGUGGGAACGCGCUCUCUUUCGCAAGGCACACGACGGUACCAAAGCUUCCAAGGAGUGGAUGGACAAGGUCAAGAAACACUGA